UAAAAAAUAACAGUUUUUUGCGUGUAGUUUGGUUGGUUAUUUGAUGGCACAAAGCCAAUGGAGGCAGUGAUCACCAUUGAUGUUCUGUGAAGAGCUAGAGCUGAUGUUACUGUUGCUUUUGUGGAGAAGGAGCUUCGUGUUGAUGCUUGUCAUGGUGCUAAUAUCAUCGCUGAUACUUAGAUUACCGAUUAUGGAGAACAAGGAAUCUUCGUACUCACUCUACCUGAACUGGAACCAGAGAAUGUUACAAAGAUUAUAGGAUACCUUCUUUUAAACGACUAUGAUGACCAGCAGUUUCUACGGUUGGCUUCUGCUCAAGAACAUUUUGUUCAUCAAAUCAUAUCAAAGGCUAAAACUGAACUCCAACUAUUAGCUUCUAAUUCAGUCUCAAAUCCUUUGUCACCUUCCAUAAACCCAACUUCAGGUUUCUCUCCAUUCUCUUCUACUGCUAUUUCAAGGCCUAAAUUGUUUUCAAUUUUCAAAUACCAUCUCCUUAUUGGGAUCCACAGCUUGUUAAGAAUUAGAACUCUGAGAUUUUACAAAUGGAAUUCUAUGACUCACCCUUGGAACAUGAAAAACUUUACCAGUGUUUGAGUUUAGAGGAUUAGAUGGAGCAAAUAAAUUCUCGAGUAUCAUGAUUAGGUAUGGACAAUUACUAUAUCCAGAUGUUGGAAUUGGAGGCUUGAAUGGUAGAACAAGUAGGAGUCUUUCUGGUCUUUCUGAGAUUCCAGUUAAGACUUGUCAUUAUUAUAUCAAGGGAUUUUGUAAACAUGGAAGUAGCUGUAGAUAUUCUCAUGGGAAAGUGAUUCCUGAAAGCUUUUCUCAGGCCUAUGAUUAUGCUAAUGACGACCAUCUUUUCUCACCUGGCACACUUGAGAAGUUGGAGUUAGAAAUAAUAGAGCUUCUUAAGUCAAGAAGAGGGAUUCCUGUUUCGAUUGCUUCUCUACCAGCGAUGUACUAUGAGAAAUAUGGGAAAUAUCUACAGGCUGAUGGCUACCUCACAGAGAGCCAGAGGCAUGGAAAAGUUGGGUAUAGUUUAACAAAGCUUCUGGCUCGAUUGAAGAACAAUAUUCGGCUUAUUGAAAGCAGGCCUCAUGGACCACAUGCCUUAAUUUUGGCUGAAGACUCUACUAUGUACAUGGAUCACCAGAAUGAAAAGAUUGAUCCAGGUCCAAUUGUUAGCGGGUCAAGGCAGAUAUAUCUAACAUUUUCAGCUGAGAGGACUUUCACUGAAGAAGAUGUCUCAAUCUACCUGUCUAUGACAAAUGUUAUCCUUAAACUUUGAUUUUACUUUUUUUUUGUCUACUUCGUUUGUACUGUUGAUAUGCUAAUACUAAAAUUACAGUCAUAUUGAUGAAAUUUUCCAGUUAUUGUAUUUCGGGCGAGACGAAAAUGCUGGUGGUUAUGGUUUAGCCUUACAGGUACUAUAUUGUCAUCUAUGAUCGAUGGUUCAAGAUUUAGUUUCUGCUGUGUAAUUUGAAAGUCAUAUUUGUUUAACCUUAGAUGACAUUACAGCCUCCAGAACUUUGGUUUCAAUUAAAAUUAAGAUAAUAUAUUAUUUGUUUUACCAUAUGCA